CUAGAUAAUAAUUUAGUAAAAAUAUUUAUCCAAUUAUUAAUUUUAAACGUUACUUCCCUAAUAUUAUUAGUAAGAAAGCUAGAGGGUAGCGUAAGAAUCUAUAUUAAUUAUAGAGGGAUUAAUAAUAUUUGCGUAAAAAAUAGAUACCCGUUACUAUUAAUUAAAAAAACGUUGGACGCAAUUUAUAAAGUAAAAUAA